AUGGCAGCAACAUUUUCUUUGACAAAGAGAUCCCUUUUCAACAUCUCAAAAUCUUUGCCGGAAGAGCAUCACUUCUGUUUUCGAUCCUGCUUAUCCAAUGCCUGCUUCUCCACUUCUUUUGAACGUGCCCAAGACCCAAGAAAUAGGCCACCGACAGAGGCAAGCAGGGAUGAAGGCGGAGGAAGAGAUGAAGGAGACACCAGGAUUGAUAACAUGAGUGGUGCAACAGGAUUUGUAGGAGACACAGCAAGACAAGGCACGGCAAAAGCAGCAGAGGUGGCAGAGGACCUGGUUGAGAUGGCAAAGGAGAGGACGGAUUUUGCAUGGGACUCUACCAAAAAUAAGACCCAAAAAGUUGGGGACACAUUGGUUGCUGAGGCUGAUGAGAACAUCAUUGAUACAACUGAGUACAGAAAUAUGGAGGACAAACUAAGUUCGCAGAUCAUGAUGAACAUAUUCAUAGAGAGAUUUGAAGGGUUGUAA